AUGACAAACAAAGCUGCUUGGCUCACCGCUGCGAAAGCUCGACCUUUCAAGGUAGACGACGCACCAAUGCCCAUGCCGUCAGGGACCGAAAUCGUCGUCAGAAAUCAUGCCGUUGCGAUCAACCCGGUUGAUUGGGCUAUUCAAGCUACUGGUAUGUUCCCACUUCCAUAUCCUGCCGUGCUCGGUCUGGACGCGGCCGGCCAGGUCACUGCGGUCGGAGAAUCAGUCAGCAAGUUCAAAAUUGGAGAUCGUGUAGUCACUUCUCUUGAUCCUUUUGCGAAGAAGGAUCCACGAAGAGGUGCUUUCCAGCUGUACUCUCUGGCUAGGGAAGAAGGAACUGCAAAACUGCCGGACAGUAUCAAUUACUCUGAAGCUGCUGUCUUGCCACUGGCAGUGUCAACCUCGGCCAGUGCCCUAUUCCAGGAAGACACAUUGGGUUUACAACUUCCAAUGCCCAAUGCUACACCUACCGGUAAAGUCGUCUUGAUCUGGGGUGGCUCUACAAGUCUUGGUGCUUGUGCCAUUCAGCUUGUCGUCGCUGCAGGCUACGAGGUCGCCACCACUGCCAGCGCUCACAAUCUUGAUGCCAUGAAGGCCAUCGGAGCCAAGUUUGUCUACGAUCAUACUAAAGAGACUGUCGCCGAUGACAUCAUCACCGAUUUGAAGCAUUUGGAUUUUGGAGGAGCAUACUGUGCAGUCUUGACAACUGAAAGUAUCAAGCAAUGCGCCAAAAUAGCGAGAGAAUUUAAUGGCAAGAAACUCGUGCAGACUGUGCUUGGCGUCGAAAUGCCAUUCCCAGAAGGCUUGCCAGAAGAUAUCGCAUUCAGAAAUGUUUAUGGCACGUCCCUGCUUGAGAAUGAAGUCGGCACUGCCAUCUGGGGAAAUUACAUACCUGAAGCGUUGGCAGCUGGAUCGUUCAAAUGUGUGCCACCUCCCCUGAUCUUUGGUGAAGGCCUUGAUGCGAUCCAAGGUGCAUUGGAUCGAUGGAAGGAAGGUGUGUCAUACCAAAAGGUUGUGGUGGAGCUUCCAUGA